AUGGAAAGAGGUUUGAGACAAGGUGACACACUUUCUCCUUUCUUAUUUGAUCUGGUUGUGGAUGUGCUGCAUCGAAUGGUUGGAGAGGCUAUCAGGAACGGUCGCAUAUCUCUGUUGUUGGUAAGGAGAGAUAGUAUAGAGUUGUCGCACCUGCAGUUUGCUGAUGAUACUAUUCUAUUUUGUCCACCUGAAGAGGAGACUAUUAAGAACUACCAGCGUCUUCUGCGAUGUUUUGAGUUGAUGUUAGGACUCAGGAUUAAUUUUGAUAAGUCCAGCUUGAUUCCAAUUAAUUGUGAUGGGCAGUGGGUCCAACGUAUGUGCAAGUUAUUAGGUUGUAAGGGGGACACCCUUUCAGUUAAAUACCUUGGAAUAUCUUUGGGAGAAAAUCCGAGGUUGAUGAAGAUCUGGAAUCCUAUAAUAGACAAAGUGGAGGAAAAACUCAAUCUAUGGAAAGCUAAGGUGUUGAACAAGGCGGGAAAGUUGGUGCUUGUCAAAUCAGUCUUAAAUAGUUUGCCAGUGUACUAUUUGAGCUUGUUCAAGAUGUCGAAAGCUGUUGUUGAGAAACUGAUUUCAUUGCAGAGAAGAUUCCUAUGGAGUAAGGAAGAUGGUAGAAAUGGUAUGGCUUUAGUACUGCAGGAGGAAAUGCUUCCAGAGGAGGUAAUCAACUACAGCUUCACUAGGACCAUUUGGAAAGGUUUGGUUUCACCAAGAGUGGAGCUGUUUGCUUGGUGUGGAGUGCUUGGAUAUCAGGGUUUGACCGUCAUUGGUCUUGUCCGGGUUCGAUGA